UUCAGCAGCGCAGUGGGAGAAAACAUACUGGGCAUUUUUCUGCUCUGCCAACCAAGGUUUCGCUAUGCUGUGUAGAAUUGGAGCAUUAUGGAAGCAACAGAGCACGUAAUAGUCGUAGGGAUCAUAUUACAACACAACGCGUAUAUGUUUUAGGCUCGUGUCGGAGCUUGUAGAGAGUACAAAAGAAAACAACCUCCUUACCAGAAUACAGAAGCCUCGCUCUCUAGUGUUUAGAGUAAAUGAAGGCUCGUUGAAGUGAAGUGAAACCUAAGAACAGAAAGUAACUCGUGGACAUGGCAGGCUGACUCUUCUGGUUUACUGGCUGCAUUGAGGCUCGUGUAGUAUUUUUAUUUCUGGCUCUGCCAUGGAUACAGUGGAGGAACCCCAAGCCGUGAAGAGGAUUAAUGAGUGUUUUGAGAGGACGUUUUCAGCUCUGACCGUGGACGACGUGUACGAAAUCGCUAAACUCGUCGGCUCAGAGGUGGAGAAGCUCAUUGACCACUAUGGAAAGGCCAGUGUGGAGGGACUGGUUCCGAAAAUCGUGAAAGUUCUGGAGCUGUUGGAGAGCUUCGCCGCCAGGAAUCAGACACUGAGGUGUAAAGAAGAGGAGUUGCUGAAGGCUUUCGAGACUUUACAGGUACAGCAGCAGAAGAAACGGACUGCGAGGGAAAGUGAAGAAAGCAAUAAUAACGCAGACUUAAAGCAGGACUGGCAGCAGAAGGAGCAGAAAUGGAGGCUGAAGGUAGAGGAGCUUCAGGCUCAGGUGUUGCAGCUCCAGGAGGACAACCAGGAGCUACUGGGCUCACUCUCAAAAGAAGAUCGUACACAGCGUCAGGAGAGAGAGGUGAUGCUCAAACUGAAAGAAGUUGUGGAUAAACAGCGUGAUGAACUGAGAGCAAAAGUGCAAGAGACAUCCAGUAUGUCUAAAGAGGUGGAAGCGCUUCAGGAGCAGCUGGACCGCUUUAUGAAGAUGAAUGGAGAGCUGAGGCAUAAGCAGAGCAUGAUGCAAGCUCAGCUCAAGAGCUCUGUGGAGAGGAGAGCAGACAUGGAGGCUGACCUCUGUGAGAAACAGAAAGAAAUAGAACGACUCACCACACAGCUGGAGAAAGCCAGCACGCACAUCGCUGCCAGCACGAACAAUCCAACCAUUGACCUCACAGAUAAGAUGAUCAUUGACCUGAACGACCCGAAUCGACCCUGUUUCACCAAGCAGGAGGUGCGGGAUAUGCUGUUUGAGAGGAAUGAGCUGAAGGCCAAUCUUUUCUUGGUUCAAGAGGAGCUUGCCUACUAUCAGAGGGAGAUCCUGAAUGAUGAGAGAUGUCCAGGCUUCUUGCUGGAGGCAGUACGCUCUGCUAUAAGGAAGCAAAGAACCGUCAUUAAAGCCAAAAUGCUGGGCAUUCGAGAGGACGAAUGCAGCUGUGAUGAAGAAAAGGGACCUUUAUUUGAGAGGAGAGCAAACGAGGACGUUGAAACAGACUGCACUGACAGCAAACCUGCAGAAUCACGCAUCCGAAACCUCUUCGGCUUCCUGACCCGCUCGGGCAGUGGCAGGAGCCCCGGCCAUCAGACGUCCAGUUCCACGUGGGAGAUCAUCAACCCAGACGAAGAGGAGCCUGAGCUGGAGACGUAAUCCAGAGACCCACCCUGAGAGCUAUAUACAAUCAUAUAUACACCCUGCCUGAGAACUUGAACACUGCACGAUGGUGUACAGCUUGGAUGCUGUAUGCUCUGCACACCAUUUAGAGUUUGAUGUACAGAUAUUGAAGGGAACAGAGACACUAGAUGACAUUUAUAUUGAUAUACCAUCUGAAAACAUUUUAAUUAGUUCACAGUAUCAACAGAAAGCACUAGAAAAGUAAUGAGAGCAAUUAUUUUAUGUAAAAAGAAAUCUAUAUUGGGAACCGAUACCAAAUCUCUAUAUUGUUUUAUAUGAAAAGAGGAAAUUGUUAUUUUUUGUAGAGAGUGUAUUUUAAUAUGAAUUUUAACCAAAGAUGCCAGUAUGUAUUAAAACACAAUUAAGCCAAACCAGUACCUUUUUCUGCCACUAGGGGCCAUUAGAACGUUUUGUAAUUCAUUUUAAGUACAUUCUUAGGAUUCAUUCUUAGGAUUUCUUUCUCCUGAAAUGGAGUUGGGUUUUGUUCAGCGUAUCUUUAUGUGAGAUUAUAUUUAAAUUGUUUUUUGUUUUUAAGAUUUUGAAACAGUUCUUCAUGUAUUAUAAAAAUAUAUAAUAACUUUUAAUCCUUUAUAUAUGGGCAUAACAUACCAGUUGUGUUGUCUGUAAACCAGCCUUUAGGACACUAGCUGUUCCUUUAAAUGCAGUAGAGUUUGGUUUGUCCAAACAUUAUAUAUGAAUUGUAUGGUAAAUAGCAAUAAUGUACCUCUGUUUUGUCCCAGAAUCCUGAAUGACAUGCAGUCAACUGUAGAAAACAUGGACACUGUGGCACCAUUCCAUUCUGUUCUGAAGAAAUUAAGUAAAAAGUGUCCAUCCUGCUGUCAAAUUUGCAACUAGAGUCUGUGUAAAAGAAACCAGGUAGGCAGAGCUAGGCUCACCCACUUAUUUGAUAGACCCAACCUAUUCUUCCUGCAUUGAGCUUAUAGCACAGUCUAAAGGAGCAGAAGCAAUGCAGACUUUUCCUCUUUAUUUCCAGUUUGUUUAACCUUUUUUUUGUCCUGAUCAGAAAAAAAUUUGUGUGAUUAGACAAGAACAAAUAUUAAUGACAAUAUUACACAGCUACUCAAAGUAGUCAAGACAUGAUCAUUACUUUAUUACAACUUAUUUUACUUACUUUAUUACAAUAUAUGGAUAUGGCCUCAGCCAUUUUUCCUGACCAUAAUUUUGUGUUGUAUGUACUUAACAAAGGGAUUGCAUUAAUGUGAAUGAGCAGUUUUGGGAAUUAUUUAAAACUGUGAUUUUUUUUUGUUUAUUAUUAAUUUUUCAUUAUUAUUUUUUAUUCCACCAUUCUCAUAUUCUUAUCUCUUAGUCAGAAAAUGCAUACAGUAAUGAAGAAAAAUGUGCUGCAGAUGUAUUUGUUCAUUUAAUUUUGUUUUAAUUUAAUUUUGUCUUUCAGCUAAAGCAGUCAGCCACUUAAUUCCUAAGUGUAACCCUGCCUUCUUACGAUAUAGUCUGAAUAACGUUUAAAAAAAUGAUUUAAUGCGCCAAUAGUAGCACAGAGAAUAUACUGCAACCUGCCAGCAGAUGAGCAAAUGUUCUUUGGUCUUCUGUCCAUGUUUUCUACAGUCACUGACCUAAACAUUGUGAGAAACUUGUUUGGGUUUUGUUGAAAAGCCAAAGAUUUCUUAGAAGCAUUCUAAGUAUUCUAAUAAUUAAUGAGUUUAUCUGGAAAUGUUUAUAAUAUGACCUCAGUGUUUGUGUGUAUAGCAUGGGUUGUGCUGCUGUCCCUUUGUGUCUUUCUGUUUGUCUUUAGGUGUUCACACAGAGGAAGCCUCUGUUUCCUUUAGGGGAAACCAGAGAUCAUGUGAGCGCUUCCAGACUUGAGUGGACUGGUGGCUUGAAAUGAAGACACUUUGGGGAAUCUGGGCAUCUCUGUCAUGCCCACAGUAUUUGUCAGUGGUGUUACAAUUUACUUUUGUAUGAAUACAUCUACAGGCCUUUGACUUCCAAAUAAAACAAUCAAGCAUCA